UCCAGUCGAGGCUACUGAUGCUCCAGUAAAACAUACUGAUGCUCCAGUUGAACCAACUGAUGCUGCUUUUGAACCUACUUCAGCUCCAGUCGAACCAACUGACGCACCAGUUGAUUUGACUGUCAUUCCUGGUAAGACUGAUGGUAAGACAGUUGAUACUAUGCAGACAACUCAAGGUCCAGGCCAAGCUACUGAUGCACCAGUUAAACCUACUGAAGCGCCACUCGAGUCUACUGAUGCUGCUGUUGAAUCUACUACAGCUCCAGUCGAAUCUACUGAUACUCGCAUUGAACCAACUGAUGCUCCUGUUGACCCUACUGCAGCUCCAGUCGAGGCUACUGAUGCACCAGUUAAGCCUACUAAUGCUCCAGUCAAACCUACUGAUGCUGCUGUUGAACCAACUGAUGCUCCUGUUGAACCUUCUGAAGCUCCAGUCGAGGCUACUGAUGCACCAGUUCAGCAAACUGAUGCUCGAGUGAAACCUACUGAAGCUCCAGUUGAACCAACUGAUGCUGCUGUUGAACCUACAGCAGCUCCAGUCGAACCUACUGAUGCACCCGUUCAACCUACCGACAAAGCAGUUGAGCCCACUGAUGCUCCUGUUCAACCUACUGAAGCACCAGUCGAGCCUACUGAUGCUCCUGUCGAACCUACUGCAGCUCCUGUAGAGCCUACCGAUGCACCCGUUCAACGUACUGACAAAGCAGUUCAGCCUACUGAUACUCCUAUUGAACCUACUGAUGCUCCCAUUGAACCAACUGAUGCUCCUGUUGAACCUACUGAAGCUCCAGUCGAGGCUACUGAUUCACCAGUUAAGCCUACUGAUGCUCCAGUGAAACCUACUGAUGCCCCAGUUGAACCAACUGAUGCUGCUGUUGAACCUACUUCAGCUCCAGUCGAACCAACUGACGCACCAGUUGAAUUGACUGUCAUUCCUGGUAAGACUGAUGGUAAGACAGUUGAUACUAUGCAGACAACUCAAGGUCCAGUCCAAGCUACUGAUGCACCAGUUAAACCUACUGAAGUGCCACUCGAGCCUACUGAUGCUCCUGUUGAAUCUACUACAGCUCCAGUCGAAUCUACUGAUACUCGCAUUGAACCAACUGAUGCUCCUGUUGACCCUACUGCAGCUCCAGUCGAGGCUACCGAUGCACCAGUUAAGCCUACUAAUGCUCCAUUCAGCAAACUGAUGCUCAAGUGA